GCGGCGGCGGCGGCGGCCUCGGCCGCGCGCACAUGGCUGCAAGCCGGGCCCGAGCGGCGCGCCCUCCCGCAGGACGGCUCGGUGCGCGCGCGCUGCCCGCCCAGGCCACGCGCCGGGCCGCGGUGCGCGGGGGACCCCCGGGCUUCGCCUCUGCGGCCUCCGUGGACCGACUGCUGGAGGUCGACGUCAGGGGGCGCCAAGGAGCCGGGGGGGGGACCCGGGCUCCCGCCUCCCUGCGCCCGCCCGGAGGCUGGGGCUCGGAGGAUGCAGCAGGGAGAAGCAUUAGCUGCAUGCGGAAGAGCAGCACCUACAUGGAGUCUCUGCCUUGGAUGGUUGCAGAAAGCCUCUGCUGACUAAGUGAGAAAAUGCAGAAGAUUUUGCAGACAGAUGACGUCACCGACAAUCAAGUUCUUAGGAAAAGAAAGAGGAAACGGACAGAGACGGUGAACUCUGAAAAUGCAAACAGUGCCGUGGAUAAAGCACAGAGAGACCCAUAUUCAGGAAAUGCCUUCCUGCCUGGCGAGAGCUCCAGCGAUGAUGAAACUCCCUUAGCAGAACUGUCCAAGGAGGAACUUUGUACCAAAAUCAAAAACCUGAAAGAAAAACUGACCAACAUCCGGAAGGAGAACAGCCGACUUCGACAGUCUUUGGUCAUGUUACAAGUGUUACCACAGGCUGUCACCCAAUUUGAAGAACUGGUGGGAAUGGCAGAGACCCUGCUUAAGGGCGGAGGAGUGGCGUCCACACCAGCAUCUACCCUCUGGAGAGCAACAAACAACUCCUCCCCAGACUCCUUUGCUUCUCUGUGCAGUAAUUCCAACUCCAGUUCCAGCUCCCCAAGUUCCCUGAAGGCUGAGGAAGAGCAGCAUCCUGGUGAGAAGCAGUUCAAGAUUGAAAAAUGGCAGAUUGCCCGUUGUAAUAGGAGCAAGCCUCAGAAAUUUAUUAACGACUUAAUGCAAGUACUUUACACAAAUGAAUACAUGGCCACACACAGUCUGACUGGAGCAAAAUCCUCCACUUCAAGAGACAAAGUUGUAAAACCAGCUAUGAACCAGAAUGAAGUUCAAGAAAUCAUAGGAAUAACAAAGCAGGUAUUUCCCAACGCAGAUGAUGUUUCAAUUCGAAGGAUGAUAGGACAGAAACUGAAUAACUGCACCAAGAAGCCGAAUGUGAGCAAAACUCUUAACUCUCAGGAUAGUGUCUUAAAAUAAAGCAUGUUUGGUUUUACAUCAAACACUGGAUUUUGCUGGAGAACGGGAGACACAUCAGAGACCGCUGUCUGGCGUCUGUGGUACCCAUGACCUUCCUGGUUGGAGAAGCUGCAUGCAGAGUCCAUACGACUCACUAGUGAUGCAUCAAACCAGAGAAUGCCCAUCAAACAAGCAUGCAAUAUGGUUUCUUUGGAAAUAUGCAUUUCUCACGGCCCCCAAUACUUCCCUGUACAACUAACUUAAGAUAAUAGAAACUCUUAUCGUAGCAACGAAAACAUCUUCCCUCCAGAUCAGUCCCUGUCCUCCACAAACAUGGAGCGUUAUUACUAUCAGUGAUUCCCCGGUUACGCUGUUUGUUUUUUGGAUUUAGCAAACACAUGUUUGGUAAAAGUAUGAUUGAAAUAAUGCAUGUUUACAAAUGCAAAAGAAAUAAAGUGAGCCUCAGCGAUGAGUCUCAGUAAGUAAUGAUGAUGUAACAUUAAAGUGAAAUAGGAUUAUGGGGAAAAAAUAACAAAAACAUAAAAGUCUUUUCAAUAUUAAACUUUCCCAGCACAAUCCUAAAAAGCCCCAAAUCCAAUUUUUGUUUGUUAAAAUGAUGCACCGAUUUUUAUAAUAGACUCUUAGUUUGCAAAGCAGACAUUACCUCUCAAUAUUUAUUGCCCAAAGUGUACUAGAUACAGAUGUGUAAUGUUAAACAGCAAUAUCACCUAAAGUGCACGCAGGACAUAACAUCAUGUUUGAUCAGCUGUGAUGCAGGACUGCUUAUUUUUUUAUUUUUUUUAUUUUAUAUUUUUUUUUUGCCAGAACUGAG